AUGGGUCAAUGGGGUCCACUGUAUGGAAAGUCCGUGAAAAGGACUCAUUUGCAAGCACCUGGCUUAAAUCUCCAUCAAAUGAGCAAUAAUAACAGUGCGUGGAAUGAGGUUGAUGUAAUUAGGCAAUUAAACACCAAGCAAAAUUUGGUAGACUUUCAUGGUAGUUGGCAACAGGGUGAAUCGGUAUUUAUCAAGCAAGAUUUAUAUACCGUAGACCUGGCUACCCUACUUAAUGUCAAAGGGUAUCAGUUUGAUAAGCGACACCUGGUGUUUCCCAGAGAUGACCAGGGUCAUGUGGGUCUAAUUGAGUUUGGUUUCUGUUGCUAUUUGUACCGGGAGAUUUUAAAUAUGCUGGCUCAAUUGCAUAAUGCUAAGCCCAGUAUUAAUUAUGGAAAUUUGAAGCUUGAUAAUAUUUUAAUUAAAUACGUGAACCGGUGUAUCAAGUUUCAAUUUGCUGACUUUGGUUACGCUACCAGGAUACAGAGUGCGCCUGGUCAAGUUUACGAUUUAAUAACCCUGAUGACAAUAUUAGUAAAGGCUAUGUGCGCCUAUGGGAUAUUAUUGGGGAUUUAAUUGAAAAUAAUCAGGGCAAUAAAUGGACCUGUAGCAAAUUAUUAGCCGAUUCAAAUGAUUGGUGUUUAAAUACAAGGCAAAUUAUAAAUGAGCAAGGUUUUGUUAUGGAUGAAUAUAAUAAGCAUGGUGACAUUUACCAAUGUCUUAAACGGGUGUAUAACUAUCGAGAUUGGACUGACGUGACUGACCAUAUAAUCCGAGACAUAACUGGCCAAUUUGAGGGUGGCUAUAAGGUGCAGGCUACAUUUUGGGCUUUGCUAUUCAUGUACGAAUUGAAAAAUGAACUAUUUUAAAUUAAC